AGCAGCAGUGAGGUGAUGGCGGCUGAUGGGCCGAUGGCGGCUAAUGGGCCGGUGGCGGCGGCGGCGGAGCUGCAGACGGAGGGCGAGGUCGGUGGCGAGGUCUGUGGCGAGGUCGGUGGCGAUGCGGAGGGCGACUUUGGGCAGCUGCUGGAAGAGGAGGAGGACGUGGAGGACGCCGGCUAUGUGCUCUACAGGGACAGGAAGGAAUGGGCAGAUAUUGAACCAAUCCCUCAAAAUGAUGGGCCAAAUCCUGUUGUUCAGAUCAUCUACAGUGAAAAAUUUCGAGACGUCUAUGAUUACUUCCGGGCUGUUCUCCAGCGGGAUGAGCGAAGCGAAAGAGCCUUCAAACUAACAGCAGAUGCCAUCGAGUUAAAUGCUGCAAACUACACGGUAUGGCAUUUCCGGAGAGUCCUCCUGCAGUCCUUGGGAAAGGAUCUCCACGAGGAACUUAAGUAUAUUACAGCUAUCAUUGAAGAUCAGCCAAAGAACUAUCAAGUCUGGCAUCACAGACGGGUGUUGGUAGAGUGGCUGCAGGAUCCAUCCCAAGAGCUUGAGUUCAUAGCUGACAUUCUUAACCAAGAUGCCAAAAAUUAUCAUGCUUGGCAACACAGACAGUGGGUUAUUCAGGAGUUCAAGUUGUGGGACAAUGAACUGGAAUAUGUAGACCAGCUUUUGAGGGAAGAUGUGAGAAACAACUCUGUUUGGAACCAGCGGCACUUUGUAAUCUUCAACACUACAGGCUAUGACGAUCCAGCAGUUCUAGACAGAGAAGUCCAAUACACUCUUGAGAUGAUCACUGCAGUGCCACAUAAUGAGAGCGCUUGGAACUAUUUAAAAGGGAUUUUACAGGAUCGUGGUCUUUCCCAGUAUCCAAAUCUAUUAGAGCAACUGUUGAGCUUACAGCCCAGCCACAGUUCACCUUAUCUGAUUGCAUUUCUUGUGGACAUAUAUGAAGAUAUGCUUGAAAACCAGUGUGAUAACAAGGAAGAAACACUAAACAAGGCAUUAGAGUUGUGUGAAAUUCUGGCUAAAGAAAAAGACACCAUCCGAAAGGAAUACUGGAGAUACAUUGGAAGGUCCCUUAAAAACAAGCACAGCUCGGGCACUGAACAGAGCACACUGACAGACAAGCAACAGUAACUGAACAUGGGAGAAAAUGGUGUUAAGUUCUCAAGCUGUUUUAAAGCAGUACUAAGCAGAGUUAUCAACUAUUUUAAAAUCCAGAGUAGUAUUUAUAGUCCGGUGAAGACAUACUGCAAUAAAAGAGGAGUGCAGAGUGCUGUAUAGUCUUCAGGUUGCUGCUGCUACUGGUGAUAUUUUUAGGUGCAGUCAGGAAAUAUAUUAAGGCUUAAUUAUUGAAACGUACUAAAUAAAGGUUUUAUUUCCUAGUUAUAGAUAUGUAAUAACGUUAAUAGCCAUCUGUGGAAGUGUUCAAGGGCGAUGGGGCUUUUAGCAUCUUGAUCUAAUGAGAGGUAUCCCCACCUCUGUGGCAGGAGGGCUGUAAUUAGAUGAUCACUUAAGGUCCUUUCCAACCCAAGCCAUUCUAUGGUUCUGUGAUAAAGCUAUACCUGCUACUUACAAGGCAAUAAACCAACUUCUUAUGCCGUGGCUUAACCACUCCUGGUUCCUAACAGUCACAUCAGAUGGUGCAGUAAAAACUGCAGGUAAUUUAGCUGUAGUAGAUAUGAAGUGAGCUAUUUCUAGUUAGUGCAGUUGUUGCCUCACAUAGGAGCAGCUAUGCAACACUGACAGCCCGUGCUAUUGUAUGCAGUUAAUACCAAGUGUCAUUUUGUAAUAAAAACAGAUAACA